AUGUCCUAUCCUCCACCUCCAGGUCUGAACUCAAACGCCUCACACCCAUCUCUUCCCGCGCGUCCUCCUCCAACGAGCCUCCCUCCUAGACAAGGCUAUAAUGCCGCAACAUCUCGACCGGGCGCAUACCCACCUUCGUCCUCGGGGUAUGGAGGCUUCGCGCCUAGAUCAGUAGCAGCACCCCAACCAUACAAUAAUUCGUACCAGGCGCCUCAGCCAUAUCAGCAGCCAGCAUACGGAGGCUACAAUGCCGCACCACAGCCAGACGCAUAUGGAGCCGCUCCUCAAAUCAGAAACCCGUUUGCGCCUCCGAGCGCCAAUCCAGGCGUUAGGGCAUAUGAAGAAGAUCCGGACAUGGCAGCACAGAUAGCACAAUGGCAAUCGGCAUAUGCAGGGAAAGACGCUUCUUCGGCGAGUAAUACUUCUGGUUAUACGGGCCCCAAUCCAGCAGCCCGUCGAUUCAACAAUGGAACUUCAGAAAGCUCCGGCGCGGCAACAUCUGCAAAUGCCGCACCACUUGGGGCAGGAGCGCGAUCAGAAACAUUUGGCCCGUCAAUGUCAUCAGCAGCUAUGGCAUCUGCCGCUCAUAGCGAUACAGGUGUCGCUAAUAUCGUAUCCGACUCCAAGAACCCCAAUUCCAAAACCGUUGUCCGAUCUGGUGGAGGUAUAACCUGGUCCGAUUCCUCACUUCUUGAAUGGGACCCCGCUCAUUUCCGUCUAUUCGUGGGCAAUCUCGCAGGCGAAGUGACCGACGAAUCUCUCUACAAAGCCUUCUCCCGAUGGCCUUCGAUCCAAAAAGCACGUGUAAUCCGAGACAAACGAACCACCAAAUCAAAAGGCUUCGGAUUCGUAUCAUUUAGCGAUGGAGAUGAAUUCUUCUCCGCCGCGAGGGAAAUGCAGGGAAAGUAUAUUGGAAGUCAUCCUGUCUUGUUAAGGCGGAGUACGACUGAAAUUAAAGCUGUGAACCCGAAGGAUAAGGAUAGGCAUGGGAAGAAUGGAAAGGGGAAGAAUAGGAACGGAGGGAAGGAUAGGGAUAAGACUGGGGCUGGAGUGCAGAAGUCUGGGAAGACUAAAGGGGGCCUGAAGGUGUUGGGAUAG